UUCUUCUUCUCCUCCUCCUCCUUCGGAGCAGCGGCGAGGGAGAGGAGGUCUUGUGUUUGGCUCGGAUUCGCCCUAAAUCUUAGCUCGAAUUCGAUUUACGUGAGGAGUGGAUCGCGUUUUGGACUCUUAUCCAGCUAAGAUCCGGAUGAAAUCGGUGUCGUUCUAUGAUCCGUGGAGCUAUAAUCGUGCGCGUGAAGCAUGGAUCUACGUGUAAACGCUGAAACGGGGGGUAGAUUUAGAUUCAGCUAGUGUUUUAGCUCAAACACCGCAAUCGGAGUAGCAAGAGACUGAGAUCGCAGAAAUGGCGCGGGAGAUGGAGAAGUUGGGGGGAGGAGGAGGAGGAGUACCGAGCGAGGACGACGACGACGACGAGGAGAUGGAGGUGAAGGAGGAGGAGGAGGAGGACGACGACGACGGCGGCGGCGGCGGCGACUCCAUAAGCCAGCUGUUCCUCCACGUGGACGUGUCGAAGCCCGGGAGGGAGGAGUCGCUCCACUUCCUCUGCGGGCUCUACCCCGACGCCGUUGGGAUCCACUCCGUGUGCCUCCGGCCCAAGACCGGUGCCAAUGGCGUCGGCAGGGCCUCGGCCAUCGCCAAGUAUCAGGGCCGCGUUUUCCAGGAAUUAGAUCAGAAGGUGCGGGACGCUUUCCAUCUAUACAUCGAGGCCCGCGGCAUAAAUGAGAAGCUUUUCGCUUUCCUCCAAGCUUGGCUUUACGUGAAGGAUCAUCGAAACCUCAUGCGCUGGUUUAAGAGUGUGGGCGCCUUCAUCAACGAGCAAAAAACAGCUUGAGCUACAUCUUCUUUGUAAAAGAUGAUUUGCAAGUUCAUGUGCAUAAUAUAGCUUCAUUUGUCCACAUCAAAUGGACUUUGGUUUGAUUUCUAGGUCAAACUUUAGUUGGUACCCCACCACUCCUCAAAAAAGUCAACUCCAAUUGGUGGACAUUUUUUCCCCCUCUCUCUCUUUCUCUCAAUAGUCAAUACCUUUCUCCUAGCACCAUCAUGCAUUCAUGGUUACAUUCAUUCAUAGUGUGGAGUGAGUCAAAAAUGUGGUGAUGCUAUGAUUCCCUUCUAUUUUGCUCCCCCUUAUUGUGUUUAGUGGCUCAGCUUUGCUGCAGGGAAAAGCAGCCCCAUUUUUCUUGUCCCUCCACAUGUUUCUUUCAUUUGAUUGCCUACAUGACAUCCACUGGGGCAAAUGCUUGGAUGAGAAUUUUGUGCACUAGAGGAUUUGUGAGAUGUAUUAAUCUUAGCUUGAUAUCAUUGUCAUAUUUUGGUUGUGAAUAUUAUAGAUUCUUUGGAAUAAUGGUCUAUUCUCUCCUGGAAUUGCUAACCCCCCAGAAUAAAGAUAUCUGAGAGGAUAUCUUUUUCCUUAACAAAGAAAAGGUCCAACCAAAUAUUGCCUAAGUAAUACAAGUAGUUAUUCUUCUUUAUUC